AAACUUGCUGAGCGAAAGAAAAGUACUCCCUCAAUCGCAACUGCUUUACACAGAGAAAAACAAGAGAAACAGUAUUGGCCAUAUUGUGCACUGCGCUGCCUGGGAUAGGCUCCAACCCCCUGUCCUCUCCUCAGCCAUAACCAUAUUACAGAUAACGAGGAUUGUCACACCAAAUGGGAAGCACGGACCAGGGAAGCAGGAAAAGGAGCGGAAGAAUCGGAGAACGAGGGAUUUAUUGGGAGACCAGUAGGAAGCACGACGCAAACGGUCUUUGACAGGAUUAACUGCAGGUGAUGACAUCAGUCCAGAUGAACAAGAUGCUUCCAGUAAAGAAGGAGAAUCGGUGACACUGAGCUGCAACUAUGUGGUGAUGGAGACUGGUGCUGAUUCAUCCACCACCCUCCUGGAGGACAGCAUGCUGGACCUCAGCAGCCAGCCUGGACAAGAGAAGCCACUCCCCAGAGAGGUGGCUUUGAUGGUGCACUUAAGCCUAGAGCCAACUUGUCCUACCAUUCUAAAGCUUAUUGAAUGGUUUGACUUGCCCAGCGAGUACAUGUUGGCGAUGGAAAGACCUGAGCCAUGCAUGGAUCUGCAGGAAUACUUCAGGAGCCAAGGGGGCUUCCUUAGUGAGGAGGUGGCGCGGCAUGUGCUCCUGCAGCUGCACGAAGCCCUGGGACACUGUGAGAGCAAAGGCGUCCUGCAUCGGGAUGUGAAGCCAAGCAACAUCUUGAUAAACACCAAGACGCUACAAGUGAAGCUGAUUGACUUCGGCUGUGGAGAUAUUUUCAAGGACAAGUCAUACACUGAUUUUGCAGGUCAUUGACACAGACCACUGAAAAACCCAUAAAAAUCAUCCUUUCAUUUAAGACAGCAGACAAUCCAAUGUCAAGAAGCCAGAUGUUUUGCCAGUUGUUUUCUAGAUUAAUUCCUAGAAGCGGUGCUUCUGUUGUUCCCUUCAUUAAGACAGCUGACUUACUUCAGUAAAAAUAACUAUCUGCCUCUGGAAGUCCCAGCACGGGUGUCACUUGGUGAAUGUCUGACGUUUUGCAAUAUUAAUCUCAGAUACCCUGAGAAAGAACCUUCACCUGAGAGCAAUGAUGUUCUACUCUUGUUCUGUUCUUUCACAGACUUCCAGCAUUUCAAAUUCAAAUUCAAAUUUUAUUUGUCACAUACACAGUCGUACACAGUACGAUAUGAAGUGAAAUGCUUACACGACCGCCAGUGACCUAAAAGACAAUUCUUUACAUAAAAUAGAAGUAGAAAUAGAAGUGUACUGUACAUAAUAGAAAUAAAAAUAGAAAUAUGCUGUACAAUAGAAAUUCUUUCACAUUGAAAUUAGGUGGAGGAAGUAUGGUGUGCAUGUAUGCAUGAAAAAAGUGCCUUAAGAUGCCUUAUUAAAGUGACUUUGUGCAAGGGUCCAGAUGUAAACAUGACCAUGUGAGGUCAGAUGUGAGUGUAGAUGUGCAUGAGAGUGUCCAUAGUGUCCAUUGGCGUUAGCAGGUUGUAUUAGUUCUGUGUUUGUGUGUUGUUGAGAGACCUUAUCGCCUGCGGGUAGAAGCUCCUCCUCAGUCUCUCUGUGUUAGCCUUCAGGGAGCGGAAGCGCUUCCCUGACCGCAACAGAUGGAACAGUCUAUUGUUGGGAUGGCUGAGGUCCUUUGCAAUCUUCCUGGCCUUGGUCCAGCACCGCUUGGUGUAGAUUGAGUGCAGGUCAGGGAGCUUGGUGCGGAUGAUGCGCUCAGCUGAACGCACCACCCUCUGUAUAGCUCGCCUGUCCUGCACUGUGCUGUUCCCGAACCAGGUCGUGAUGUUUCCCGUCAGGAUGCUCUCUAUGGUGCAGGAGUAGAAAUUCCUGAGCACCUUGGAGGGCAGUCUGAAGUCUUUCAAACGUCUGAGGUGGUACAGACGCUGCCGGGCCUUUUUCACCACGGUGUUGAUGUGGCAGGACCAUGACAGGUCCUGCGUGAUGUGAACCCCGAGGUAUCUG